AUGAGUCACCGAUUACGAUUGAAAGCAUUAUUUUCUCGAAAGGCAAAAGAAAAAUUAGACGAUGACAUUGCUGAAAAAGAAAUUCAUAGAACAGAAUCAACUUCGUCUUACAUGCAAAAGAGGCGAAAAAUAUUUGUCAACAUGACACCUCCAGCUUCAGAAAUAGAUGAAAAUGGUAAAAUUAUCAAUCAGACAUAUGUUCCUAAUCGAGUUCGAACUGCAAAAUAUACACCUCUAUCAUUUGUGCCGAAGAAUCUAUUUGAGCAAUUUAGAAAUGUAGCUAAUCUUUAUUUCUUGUUUCUUGUCAUUUUACAAUGUAUUCCUCUUUUUGGUGUAACAGAGCCAGGAGUGUCCGCUAUUCCACUUAUUUGUAUUCUUGUCAUUACUGCCAUUAAAGAUGGUAUUGAAGAUUUGAAAAGAAAUCAAAGUGACCAAAAAGUAAAUUGUGCAAAAACAUUAACUCUAAGUCACUGGAGGAAUGUCAACAUUCCAGAAGAACAAAAGAGCUCGCUUCAUUUUCUGCAUGUCACUUUAGGUUUCUUUUGCAUGUUGGCAGGUGUGGAUAAUCAAUUUACGCAUACUUAUCGUAUGUCACUCAUAAAGGAUAAACCUAUUUUAAAAGCAGAUUUGAAUUUUGAUGACGAUGAAUCACCUUUAAAUGAAAUUGCUGAAAAUCAUUCUUCUUCUUCCUCUUCUUCUUCUUUAUCAAUUCAAAAUGAAGAACUUUCUCCAACACCAUUACAAGCAACAACUCCAUCUGACUUUCUUACCCCACCUCCUCCUGCUUUCUCUUCUGGUCCAAAAACAUUUUAUUCAAAGGUGCGACAACGUUCAGGCACGAUUCGCUCAGAGAUUAGUAAUUUAAGCCAAUACUUUAUGCCAUCCUCUGCUGCUCGGAAGAAAUUUUAUCGUCCCGGUACUAUUCCUCAUAAUGUUCUUCAACGUGCUCCUACACCGAGUAUUCGACGUCGUUCUUCUUCUAUUCAUCCUGGUGCUUUAAAAUGUUCUGAUUUACCUGCAGGUGAUCCUCCUGUUGAACAUUGCAAAGUAGGGUGGCAAGAGGUACAAUGGCAAGAUAUUCAAGUGGGUGAUUAUGUCAUGAUUAGAAACAAUGAAGAUAUUCCGGCCGAUAUUGUCAUUUUAUCUACAUCCGAGAAAGACAAUCUGUGUUACGUCGAAACACAAAACUUGGAUGGUGAAACAAAUCUAAAGGUACGACAGGGUCUCAAGGCAACGAGUGAAUUACGUUCAGUUCAUGAUUGUGAACGUGCCUUUUUUUAUUUUGAAAGCGAACCUCCACAUGCUAAUUUGUAUCAAUAUAAUGGCGUCAUGCGUUGGGAUAUUGAGCAACCAGAUGAAGAUAAUAAUUCUGUUAGUCAUCAAAAGACAGAGGCAGUUACUUAUAAUAAUCUAUUAUUACGUGGCUGUGUAUUAAGAAAUACAAAAUGGGCAAUUGGUAUAGUUAUAUUUACUGGUAAUGAAACAAAGAUUAUGUUGAAUUCUGGUAAAACUCCUUCAAAACGUAGUAAAAUGGCAAAGGGAACAAACCCAUUUGUUAUUGCCAAUUUCGUUAUCUUGGCUAUUAUGAGUAUUGUAAGUUCAGUCAUGGCAAGCGUACAAUUUGGUGAUCUUGGUUCAGCCCAAUACUUUAAUUUUGGUAUUGAAGGAAACAGUGGCUCUUAUUUAGGUUUUAUUACAUUUUGGGUCACUUUAAUUUUAUAUCAGAAUAUUGUUCCAAUUUCAUUGUAUAUUUCAAUUGAAAUCGUUAAAACAUUUGCAGCUUAUUUCAUCUAUGCAGAUAUUGACAUGUAUCAUGAACCAACAGAUACACCUUGUAUUCCAAAGACAUGGAAUAUAUCAGAUGACCUUGGACAAAUUGAAUACAUCUUUUCUGAUAAAACGGGUACACUUACACAAAAUAUAAUGGAAGCCAGAAAAGGUACAAUUAAUGGUGUUUCAUAUGGUAUUGGAAAGACAGAGACAUCAAUAGGAGCAGAGAUCCGACGAGGUUCUAUUUAUUCCGGUAAAGAGCUGGGUGAUGAAAAUUUUCAGGACAUGGAUAUGGCACGAUACCAAAUGUAUCAAAAGCAACAAGAACUCUUUGAAAAUAAAUACGUUGGAUCUAAUCCAACAUUUAUUGAUCCAAAAUUAUUCGAUGAUUUGGGACAGCAAAAUUCCCAUUCAACAUCCAUGAUUCAUUUCUUUACAACGCUUGCACUCUGCCAUACAGCCAUUGCAGAGCGACCUGAUAAAUCAAAUCUUCAUCAGAUCGAAUAUAAGGCUCAGUCCCCCGAUGAAGCUGCGUUAGUGGCUGCAGCGCGUGAUCUAGGUUUCGUUUUCCUUGGACGUGAGGCGACUACGCUGACGGCAGAGAUCAUGGGGGUUAAAAAGAAAUUUGAACUACUGAAUGUACUAGAAUUUAAUUCCACUCGUAAACGUAUGAGUGUGAUCAUCAAGCCUCAUGAUAGUGAUAAAAUUGUCUUGCUCUGUAAGGGCGCUGACUCUGUUAUUUAUGAACGUCUCUGUUCUGAUUUUGGUGACCAACAUGAAUUACAAAACGCACAGAUGGAGUUGCAACGUAUUACAACAGAACAUCUUGAGGAAUUUGCUAAUGAAGGUUUACGUACACUUUGCUUAGCCUACCGAUUCAUUUCCUCACAAGAAUAUAAAAGAUGGAAUCGUCAAUAUCAAGAGGCAAGUGCAGCGAUUUAUAACCGUGAAGAGAAGUUAGACGCAGUUUACGAGGAGAUUGAGAAUAAUAUGUUGUUAAUGGGUGGAACGGCCAUCGAAGAUAGACUUCAGGAUGGUGUGCCCGAGACAAUUGCAGAGUUAGCACAAUCAGGUAUUAAGCUCUGGGUUCUUACGGGUGAUAAAACAGAGACAGCCAUCAACAUUGGUUUCUCCUGUAAUCUGAUUACUCUUGAUAUGGAGCUUGUGAUUGUUAGAGCAGAUGAUAGAGAAGAGACGAUCAAUCAAUUAAAGAAUGCCCUUAAAAGGAUAAAUGAAGUAGAAAAUGAUAAACGAUGUGCCCUUGUCAUUGAUGGUACCACUUUAAAAUAUGCAUUAGAGCCAAAGACAAAGGAUUUACUGUUAGAGCUUGGUAUUCGUUGUUCGAGUGUCAUCUGUUGUCGUGUCAGUCCUAAGCAAAAGGCACAGGUCGUUCGUCUGGUUAAAAAGGGUUUAAAAGUCAUGACAUUGGCUAUAGGAGAUGGUGCGAAUGAUGUAUCUAUGAUUCAAGAAGCCAAUGUAGGUAUUGGUAUCUCUGGUGUAGAAGGUAGACAAGCGGUUAUGGCCUCUGAUUAUGCAAUUGCUCAAUUCCGUUUCUUGAAAAAGUUAUUGUUGGUUCAUGGUAGAUGGUCUUAUCUUAGAACGUCUGAAAUGAUUAUGGGAUUCUUUUUUAAGAAUAUUGUAUGGACAUUUGUAUUAUUUUGGUAUCAAAUCUUUUGUCAAUUUAACGGUUCUAUGAUGUAUGAAUAUGCUCUUGUUGCACUUUACAAUCUUAUUUUUACGUCAUUACCCAUUAUAUUCUUGGGUAUUUGGGAUCAAGAUGUGAAUGCAAAGGUAUCAUUAUUUUAUCCUGAAUUAUACCGAAUGGGUCUUCGUAAUGAUAGAUUUAAGCCUUGGCGAUUCUAUUUGACAGUAUUCGAUUCCAUCUUCCAAUCCGCCGUUUGUUUCUUUUUCCCAUAUACACUCUUAUUAGAUGGCCCUAUUGAUCCUGCAGGACGUGACCAGAAUAGCAUGUAUGAAUUUGGUACGAUUGUAUCCAGUAUUGCUGUUAUCGUUGCAAACUCCUUUGUCUUGACUUCCUUGAAUAGCUUUACAUGGAUUCAACUCACUAUUAUUGGUUUAUCUAUUCUAGUCUAUUAUGCAUUUGUCUGUAUCUAUGCCCAAUUUAAUACCUUUAUCUUCUCUGGUCAUUAUGUCUUAUUUGGCACAGGAUACUAUUGGUUACUUCUUAUUCUCACCAUCGUUACCUGCUAUAUCCCUCGUAUGUCUGCUAAACAUUUUCUACAUCAAUAUUAUCCGUAUGAUAAUGAUAUCGUACGUGAGCAAGAGUUAGUGUUGCAUAAUGGUAGGUCUUCACAUCCUGGAAAUAAGACAAAUGGUAGUAGCAUGGACACGACUAUUCAACAACCAGACGAGGAUAAAAUGAAAAAGUAUAAUUAUGAUAACCAUUCAGAUGAAGCUAUUCAGGAGAUACAGUAUCCCUCUAAAAAUUCUUUGCCUAAUAUUGAAACGCAAUAA